GGUACAGCUAGAUAUCCUCUAGAAUUAUUUGAUUGAGCUAGAAUAUUCUCUUCGACUACAUCAAACCUUUUAUCCUCCUUCUGCUUUCCAUUUUCACAGCUCUCUAACCAGGAUCAAGCUAAAUCUAUAUCCUUUUUCAUAACCUCUCAUAUCAGUCUCAUAAUGUCUUCAAACAAAUCAUCACAAGCUCUUCGAACAGAAGUUUCCAAACUAGCCAGACUAUCCAAUAUUCAAGGUGGUCUGCCGCCUCUUAUGAGAGGCCUACCAGUUCUAGCGAUCAUGGCUGGAGAGGCUAUCGCAAAGACGACCAACACCACAAACAUGAUUGAGGAGCGAAUGCUUGGAGCGGACGAAGUAUUCAUACUGCAAAGUCCACAAGGAUCAACGAGAAGUACAGCUAUGAAUGAUAGUGGUCGGCCAGGCGUAAACUUGAUGUGCCAAACAUGCGGGCAGAAGACGGGCAAGAUCCAGAAGGAAGCAAUGUUUGAUAUUUCAAGGGCCCAUAACUCUUUGAAAGGGUAUCAUCAAAUAUCUAGGAAUGUUGGUUCUGCUCUGAUGCCUGAACGAGAUAUGGAAACCAUGCGGAGAUGAAAUCUUCAGCUAUUCUAUUGUACAAAAUCUAGUUAUUCCACUCUAUCACCUCAAUCCCAACUCCCAAUCUUAUUUCUUUCUAAACCAACACCUCCGGUCUCUAGGCAGACCCUUAUUCGACCAAUUUCCGC